AUGUUCGACAUGAAAUGUUUAAUGAUCACAGCACUCGCGUGCGGAUCAAUUGCUGCUGGGAAACCGCAUUGCGCGAAACAAGCUCCAGACGUGCUGCUCGAUGGGAUUAAAGCCCUCGGGGGAUCUAACCGGCUUGAAAAUGUGUCGGCGGUCACGUACAUCGGCAACACAGUGUAUCGCACAAGGACCUUAAUGGAGGCAUAUUCCAUGAAGGGAGUCGACAAUAUGAUAUCGCCCGCUGGAAGCCAGAACAUAUCCUUCUCCUAUGACCAGCCUCAUAUAAAGCAGCGCAUUGACAGAUUCCACGAAUCGGGUGAGAUGUUCCUCCUGGCGCGGCCAGCUCUCGACCCUUUCAAAUACUCGCUUGCCGUGCAGGGUGGCGAGAAGGGCUAUGCUGCCGUCGUAGAUGGCACCAUGAAUUUGUUUGUGCCUAAUUCACCACCACAAGGUUAUAUUGAUAGUUUGCUGGCCGCCUAUAUCAUAUUUGAUGCAGAAAGAAUGUCUCCCAAGUUGCUCUCUACAAUUCUGUCAAACAACUACUCUACAAGUCUCGAAGACGCUGGUAUGGGUCGAAAAUUACCCGCUGUACACGAUAAAACUCUGGAUCUUACGGUGCUCUUCGACCCAGAAACCAAACUGCCAUACAUCAUUCGUUCUUAUGAGUACCAUGGAAUAUAUGGCAAUUCGACACAAGAUUUAGUGGUUUAUAACUACACUACUGUCGAUGGUGUCAAGUUCCCCGGCCGCUUCAAGACAAUCUACAACAAACAACACAUCCUCAUGGAUUAUCAGGUGUCCACAGUGAUUGUCAAUCCUGACUUGGAUCCGAAGCUCUUUGACGGACCCCAAGGUCAAGAUGCCACGAGUUACCCAACACGAGACAGCUCGUAUGACUUUUCAGAAAUUGGAGAGUGGUACACAAACUACCUAUGGUCGGGUGCUUAUCGAGGAACACUGGCGAAUAUCUCGGCCACAACUCCCCUACCCAACAUGCCGGAGGUUUGGUUCCUGAACUUCCCCGAUGGUACUGGCUAUCAGCAAGUUGUCGUCGAAUUCGAGAACGAAGUGCUUGCCAUCGAUUGCCCCCCACAUCAAAGCCACCUUGUCCUGCAGUGGGCUCAGGAGACCCUUGGAAAAACAAUCACCCAUGUAUGGCCUUCCCACCACCACCAUGACCAUGCCUUGGGGCUCAAAGAUUAUAUUGCUGCUGGAGCAAAGGCCGUCGUUCUUGAUCAGGCCCAAGAGUAUUAUUCCAAUAUUCCUGGCAUUCAAUUCGUUACCUACAGUGCUGAUAAACCAAUUGCUUUCAAAGACUCUCGUAACCAGGUCACCAUUGUCCACUUAGAAGGCUCUGCUCAUGCAUUUGACCAAGCAUACGCUGCAAUUACGCCAAUCUGCCCCACUGAGAACAGCACCAUGGCUGUAUUUGAGGCUGACUACUGGAACCCGCACUUUGAAAAUGCCGACUUUUUUAUUGAUCACACUGAGGCUGCCGAAUUCCUCAACAAGCUGUCCAAAGAUCAGGUUGCCAAAAGCUCGCUGGUCAUACCUGCGCAUGGAGUCGGCACGGAUCCCCUCACUCACUUAAUUGACCUUCUCGGAUUGCCCUACCCAAGCUACUCGGCGAAGGACUUUAAGUAUAGUGCUUGCCCCAGCAAGAUCUAG